AUGAAUUGUUUCCUACCUUUAUCCUGUAGAGGUGCCUCCGCAUCGACCCUCUUUGGAUCAACCAAUUCCACGCAAUUCGCACGCAGGGGACUCGCCACACUGACAGGGGCCCCGCACCGGCUUUGGGGUGUAACCCUCGUGGGAGUUUCGACGACGCCAGCCCCGGCGGGACCUCGUUUAGGCCCGUCUUUCCAGCGCUUUCGCACCGGCGUGGCAACUUUCACCGACAACCGAUGCCCGCAUCACUCGCCACGACGUUCGUUCAUGGAUAAGUUGUUUCGCUCACCCUCCACGAAGGUGACGUUGGAUGAUUUGGCGUACGAUAUGGAAUCGCCUCGCUACCGCGGUACCGUUUUCGGCCUCCCAGCCGACAGCGUUAUCUUCUACACCAAGAUAUUCGCCAGCAUCAUGACGGCUCUUGUCGUGGUGUACGUCUUCUUCAAAGGGAUGAUCGUAGCUUUCCGGUUUGACCCGCAUACGGUCGCCCGCAUGGGGUUUGUGAGCGGCUUUGUAUGUUGCAUGGUAAUCUAUACGACCAUUAUUCAGAUUAUACGACGCGUACAGAUCAACUCCAACGUCGUCUACAACCACUCCAUUGCGCUUGUGAUGCGCAACGCCAAGGUGCGGGAAUUUCUCGGGCAACACCCUCGCACUGGGGCUUUCAAAGCGUACGCCGCCACAGGGGGAUUCAAGCUCCCACUGCUGAGACGGAUUCGAAGCGGCUCUUAUGAACUUUCGGAUCUCCUCGGGCUCAAACCCCGUCGUCUCCAGAUGGUUUUCGUCCUCAAAUCCCCCAUCGGUGGACGCGAAGGUGUGGUAUACUGUGAUGUUCGAAAGGAAUCGACAGGGUUCAUGACGUCUGAAAAGGUGUACAAAUCCCUCGUUAUCUCUCUGAUCGAGACGUCAAAGAAAGAAAGAGAAACGGUUAUUCUGAUUGGUCGCCCGGAGGAUGUUGUAGAUGCAUCGCUUCUUUUUUAAGUUUACGCGCGGUGUAUCGAUUAGAUGUGUAUAGGAUUAUUUUUUUUUGGAGAGGUGCUUGUUUGUUAUCCGUAUUACAACACGAUUA